GACACCAUACUUAUUAGCCACCGCACCGAGACUGAGUGCGAGCGGAGUUGUCGAUGUUUUGGUCUAACAAAAGCUGUGAUAUUGCUGAAGGAAAUGAUAUGUAUGAAUGAUUUUCAACUUAUAUAACCAUGGCAUUUGUUGAUGAAGAUCUGAGUAUCAAAGAAAGGUUUUCUCUUUUGCUGCUUGACCCUGGUGAGAUAUACUUUGAAGACUUCAGUGUUUACUUUUACCCAACUGGUCUCAAGGCUGUAUCAGAAGAGGAAGCAAUAAGGAGGCGAUGUAGAGGAAGACUGAAGAUCUGUUCAAAGUCCAUUGUAUUUGAUCCUCAAGAUGUCUCCCAACCUAUUAUGAAGUUUCCUCUUAGGAGUUGUAUCAAGAUCGAGGAAUGGAACCCGCCACUCUUAUCCAAGAUUGGAUCAAAGCGAGACACUCUUUACAUCCAGAAUUCCCAAACCAUUCAUAUGAAAUCUGACAAUGAAAUAGGACCUUACAACUUUAAGAAGGGUGAUAGUCGGUAUAUUUUCACCUUGAACUUUGGGGCAGCUGAAGAUGUGGUACAUCCUGCUAAUCAGCUGGCCAGAGCAGCUACUCUCCCAAUGGCAGAUCAAGAUGCCAUGAUUGCAACUAUUGUGUACUCCAGGCAGAAGAGGGUGAAGUUUGACACAAGUCGUUUGGAGAGUCUGUAUGAAACCAUCGUCGUGGAGAUGGUUGGGGAACGCAUCACACCGCUGGUAGUCAACCCUGGUCGCAUCAUGGUCACAUCUACUAUCCUGUACUUCCAGCCAUUCAAUAAUGUCGAACCGGUGCCUGUCAUGAAGAUCAAGCUUUCUGACAUCAAGAGGCUUGUAAAGAGAAGAUUUUUGUUGAAGCAUGUGGGACUGGAGGUGUUUUGUGAUGAUUCAAUCCGAUCCAAUUUAUUCCUCGUGCUUUCUAAACCCGAAGAGAGAGAUGAAUUAUACAGAAAAGUCGUUGAACAACCAGGUGUCAGGUUACAAGAAUCAGGACAAGAGAACAUGAUGCUACUGUGGCAGAAUAAAGUUAUCUCAAACUUUGAUUACCUUAUGUACUUAAACAGUCAAGCUGACCGUAGUAUCAAUGAUAUCACACAAUACCCUGUCUUUCCGUGGAUAUUAGCAGACUACACAAGCCUUGAACUUGACCUCAGUGACCCUACGACCUUUCGUGACCUCAGCAAACCAAUCGGUGCCAUUAAUCCCAAGCGUCUGGAGAGAUUUAGGGAGAGGAGAAAAGAUAUGCCUGAGCCCAAGUUCCUCUAUGGUUCUCAUUACUCCACCCCUGGGUAUGUCUUGUACUACUUGGUAAGGGUAGCUCCAGAACAGGCUUUGUGCUUACAAAAUGGCAGGUUUGACCAACCAGAUAGACUCUUCAAAAGUGUGUCUGAAACGUGGAACAACGUCCUAUCUCUCCCUUCCGAUGUGAAAGAGUUGAUCCCCGAGUUCUAUCAGCCUGAGAUGUCCGAUUUCCUGAUAAAUCGUAAGGGACUCAAGCUGGGUACGUGCCAGGAUGGUUCCACAGUCACCAAUGUUGUGCUGCCACCUUGGGCUGAUGAUGAAGCAGACUUUUGUAGGAAGUGUCGUGAGGCGUUAGAAAGUGAGUACGUCUCACAUCAUCUUCAUCAAUGGAUUGAUCUUAUCUUUGGUUACAAGCAAAAAGGUCCCGAAGCAGAGCAAGCUGAUAAUGGUAAGUUUUGUAUUAUGAUGUCUCAGUAUUGACAAAUUAACAAUAAUAAUAAUAUGCAACAUUUAUA